AUGCUGCCUCGCGGCGAUCGCUUUUGGUCCCAGCCCGGAUACUGGAAUGCCGACGACGACACGCCGCCGUCGCGCUGCCCCGUGGCCUCGGACUGCCCUGGCUACACGGCGAGCGGGCCAUCGGUCCCUCCUGGAUCCAACGCAGGCGUAGAUGAUGGGAGCUCAGGCUCGAGCGGCUUUGGCUCUUCGGCCAACCAUGCGUCUUGUGUUGAUGGCCGCACUGGCUUUGGCUGCACGGCCUGCGCCGAGGACUACCACAUCUCCGCCACAGGCAUCUGCAUCGCCUGCGAGUCGGCGGCUGGCCGGAUGAUCUUCAUCAUCCUCCUCCUCAUUUUCUGCCUCAUUGCUGCGCUCGUCCUCGCCUGUGCCUCACGACGGACCGCUGGCCUCUUUGUCUCCUUCAUCAUGGCCAUCCAGCUCGUCGCCCUCGUCCUCCGCUACUUCCUCACCCUCACCGCCGACGCAUCGUCCGCCGCCGCCCGCGCCAUUCGCUGGUCCGGUAUCAUCCUCUUCGAUCCCGAGGUCUUUGCCGCCGGCUGCACCCAGCGCUGGUCCGGGCCAUACUUUGUCUACCUCUACAUCAUCCUCGUUGUCAUUGUCGCCAUCAUGCUCCUCAUUGGCAUGCUCAUCGCCAUCGUCCGCCAUGCCCGCCUCGCCAACCGCCCUGCCACCGACGACCUCGAGAUCUCCGUUCCCAUCUGGGUCCUCGGCGACUCGGAGCUCUCGGUAACGGGCAGCAUCUCGGCCUCGACCUCGCUGCUCUUCCGCCAGGACACCUCCACCACCACCCUCGCCCGCCAGGACACCGCCGGCUCGGCCAUCGUCCGCUACAACUCGUCCGACUCGAACCCGGGCACCCCGCGAUCGAACCCGGGCACCCCGCGAUCGAACCCGGGCACCCCGCGAUCGAACCCGGGCACCCCGCGAUCGAACCCGGGCACCCCGCGAUCGCGCUCGCGCCCGUCGUUGUCGUCCUCUUCCUCGCGCAGCGCCUCCGAGUCCGACACCAUGGUCUCGAUGUGGAGCGUUGAUAUGCCCAACACCGUCUCGCGCCGGUCGUGGAUCGGCUACGCACUUGCCUUUAUGGCCUCUCUCUUCUACACGCCCGUCACCUACCGGACCCUUGCCGGCCUCGGCUGCUCCACCUUUGACGAUGGUAUCUCGCGGCUUGAUCACGAGAUCGCCACAAAGUGUUACGACGGCUCGCACUGGUUCGCUGCCGUCUUCCUCUUCUGGCCCAUUGUCGUCGUCUAUGUUGCCGGCCUCCCGCUUGCUACCCUCGUCCGCGGCAUCGGCGUCUACCGCACCGGCCGCGCCAUCGCCUCAAAGCUCCCAGCAGACGCCAUGCGGUACAACAUCUUCCUUGUCCGCGGCGCGUUCCGCUUCCUCUUUACCGGCUACUUUACAUCGUACUCGUGCGCCGGCGCCGUCCCCUUCUUCCUCGUCCUCGCCAUCUCCGCCGUCGCCGCCAUGGUCAAGGACAACCUUAGCUUGGAGGUCAUCGCCACCGCCCUCACCACCAGCAUCGCUCUCGGGCUCACCGCCUGGACCGCCAUCUCACGCUGGCGCGCCGCAGCAUCGGCUGUCUCGGCCGUCGCCAUCAUCCUUGUCAUCCUCAUCGUCACCGUCAACGAUGCCUCGCCGGCCGCCGUCUCUAUCUCGGUCAUCGCCCUCGUUCUUGCCGUCCUCAUCGCCAUCCGCAUCGCCUACUCUCGCACCUCACAGACAGAGUCCUCCCGCCCACAAUCCGAUCCGGCCACCUACGACUCGGCCCAUCCCCAUGGCCGUCCUGCCGCCCGCUAG